AUGAGUCUAACGUCGCCGGCGCUGCUCCCCAAAGCAGCCAAUCCAUUGCGAUUGCUUGCAGUAUCACAGCGCCCGCGACACACACAGCAGGAUCGGCCUCAAUGUCGAAACCAGCGGCAUGGAACCCGGUCAUUUUCUAUCAAAGCAGCACCAUCCCGACCACGACAAGCACCGACGAACCAUGAACGGAUACAACCACGCAGGUCAUUCCAUGCCUCUUCUGGGCUUUGCGCGGUGAAAGACCCAUAUACCGCCCUCGGUAUUAGCAAAUCUGCUACCUCGAGCGAAAUCAAGAAAGCUUACUAUGGCCUUGCGAAAAAGUAUCACCCGGACACAAAUAAGGAGCCUACUGCAAAGGAAAAGUUUGCCGAAGCGCAGAGUGCAUACGAGAUCCUAAGCGACUCGAAGAAGAAGGAGAUGUACGAUCAGUAUGGCUCCGCGGCUUUCGAUCAGAAUGGCGAAGCAGGUGGACCUGGGCCAGGAGGGUUUGGCGGGGGAAGUCCCUUUGGAGGUGGCUUCGGUGGAUUCGGUGGAGGACAAGCUGGAGCCGGUGGAUUCGGCGCCGACUUCAACUUCGAGGACCUUUUCUCUGCUUUUGGUGGCGGUGGCGCACGAAGGGGGAGAGGGCGGGGCCAGCCUUUCCAAGAGGAGGUCAUGGUUGGAGAGAACAUCGAGGUCCAGACGAACAUCUCCUUCAUGGAUGCUGCAAAAGGUGUACAGAAGGACAUUACCAUUACGCCAUUGGUUCAGUGCAAGACUUGCACGGGCUCGGGCUUGAAGAARGGAACUACCAGGAGUGCAUGUAAAAGCUGUGAAGGGACUGGUCAGAGGGUACACUUUAUGCAAGGCGGCUUCCAGAUGGCGAGUACGUGUGGAACAUGUGGCGGGACCGGCGUGCAGAUUCCAAAGGGAGCAGAGUGUGGAGGGUGCAGAGGGAACGGAGCUGUGAGAGAGRAGAGAACGGUCACCGUGGAUAUUCCAGGCGGAGUAGAGGAUGGCAUGCGGCUGAGGGUCAUGGGAGAGGGCGAUCACCCUCCUACUGGACAGGCUGCCAAUCCCAGCGCAAGGAGCCAGAAGGGAGACUUGUAUGUUUUCAUUCGAGUUGCACCGGACUCAAAGUUCUCGAGAAGUGGGAGCGAUGUGCUAUACACCGCGAGCAUACCCCUAACGACGGCUAUUUUGGGAGGCGAGAUCAACAUUCCCACACUAGACGGCGAAGUCAAAGUCAAGGUCGCUACGGGUACGGGCACUGGAGACAAAAUCACAAUGUCAGGAAUGGGAAUGAAGAAGCUCCAGGCACGAAGAGGAGGAAAUGGAGAUCUUCGGGUAGAGUUCAAAGUCCAGAUGCCCAAGUACCUCUCAGUCAACCAGCGAACAAUCAUUGAGAUGCUUGCGGACGAGAUGGGAGACAAGAACGCGAAGCGCAUCAUGAACUUGAACAAUCUGAAGCAUGGCGAGAAGGCCGCACCGGAAACCAAGAGUGCUGGAGGUAAAGCCGACGAUCACCAGGGCGAGGGUUUCCUCAAGAACAUUUGGCAUUCCGUUACAGGCCAACACGAGGAGCCGAACAAGUCAUCGGAAGCAGGAAAGGGCAACGAGCAGUCGAAGCAGCAAGACGAAAAGCAGAAGAAGAAGGCUUCCGGAUCAGGUUGA